AUGAGGGUAAGGGCACAGCUUGUUUGGUCUCUCUGCGUGCUUGCCGGUCAAGGAGCAGAAGCUGCCAUCACCCUCGAUCUCACCUCGAAAGAUUCGAUCAAAGCCGCAGCGAGCACGAUAGCGUUCGAUUUAAUGAGCUACUACACGGGAAACAAUACCGGGGACGUGCCUGGAAACCUUCCAGAUCCAUACUUCUGGUGGGAGGCUGGUGCUAUGUUCGGGACGAUGAUCAACUACUGGUAUUAUACGGGCGACUCGACUUACAACGCUGUGACAACGCAAGCAUUGCUACACCAGGCUGGAGACGAUGGGGAUUAUAUGCCGUUGAAUCAGACGAAAACAGAAGGAAAUGACGAUCAAGGAUUCUGGGGAAUGGCAGCGAUGACGGCGGCAGAAACGAAAUUCCCAGAUCCGCCAGCAGGGAAGCCAGGAUGGCUUGCACUGGCUCAGGGGGUAUUCAACACACAGACCCCGCGGUGGGACGAAACAACAUGUAAUGGAGGCUUCCGAUGGCAGAUCUUCACUUUCAACAAUGGGUUCAAUUACAAGAAUAGUAUAUCGAACGGGUGUGUCUUCAACUUGGCAGCGAGGCUUGCGCUAUACACGGGGAAUGCAACAUAUGCGGAUUGGGCCCUCAAGACUUGGGAUUGGAUGAAUGGGGUUGGUCUCAUGUCGCCGCAGUAUAAAAUUGUCGAUGGAACGCAUAACACCGAUAAUUGCACGCAGAAGGAUCCGAAUACUUGGACAUACAAUGCCGGGAUUUUUCUUCUGGGUGGUGCAGCGAUGUACAACUAUACAAAUGGGAGCGCUUUGUGGCAAGAACGAGUCACUGGAUUGCUCAACGCCUCGUUAUUGUUCUUCGAUGAUGCCGGCAUAAUGUUCGAGCCCUGCGAAUUCGGCAAGUGCAACAUCGAUCAACGCUCCUUCAAAGCAUACUUCGCUCGCUGGCUCGCCGCAACCGCAGGACUUGCUCCCUUCACGCACGACGUUAUCAUGGCAAAACUGAGAACAACUGCAAAAGCAGCAGUCGGUACUUGUACUGCGGGUAAGAGAGGGACAGAGUGCGGGUUGAGAUGGAACAUGACAAACGAUGGUAGCUUAGGGGUUGGGGAGCAGAUGGCAGUGCUAGAGGCAGUGCAAAGCAACUUGGUGGAUGAAGUGCCUGGGUGGGUGAGCGCCGUGAAGGGUACGGGGACGAGUCGGGGGGAUGUAAAUGCUGGGACUGGGAGUACGGCUUCUUCGAGAUUAACUACGGGCCCAGUCACGACUGCUGAUCGGGCUGGAGCGGGGAUUCUGACGGCGCUGGUCCUUCUCGGCGUUUUGGGGGGAAGCAUAACUAUGAUUUUGGAAUAG